AGAAUAGAAUAUUUCGAUAACCCAAACACUCUUAUAAACUGGUUUCCUGUCAAAGUUUUGACGUAAGAUUAGAAUAUUAAAUAUUUUGUUAAGUAAUAAAGAUGGAUAAUUGCACACCUAAUCCACCAUCUUAUGAGGAGAUUUUCGGUGUAGCUCCAGAUGUUCCCUGCCUCCCUGUUUACCCUUUGGAAGCGCCUCCCCCCUAUACACAACCAGUACUAGAGGGAUGUACUGCCAAUUCUUCUCCUCCAUUAGCCUACGCUGAUUUCCUCCCAAAAUUACUAGCACCGGGUGGUCAAACGGAUCUGCCAGAAUUUGAGCCUUUCCCAACGAUUUUGGAAGUCGUUAACGAUUGGUUAAGAUCAAAUCAAAAUUUUAGAGUUUUGCAUAGCGAAUGUUUAGAUCGCAAAAUCAGCAGAGAAGGAAUACUCGAGACUGAAAGUACUGUUCAUCAUGAAUCUGCCAAUGGAGCAUCUGUAUUUGUGAGGGGCCUACGCCUCUGGUUGAGACCUGCAACUGAAGGCGAACCACCCCAUCAAUUAGGCUAUGUAAAUCUUUUCCCAGAGAGAAAACAUGGUAUAUUUCUACAACCUGAGAGAGUAUUUAUUGGCGCGGGUGCCAGCAUUGGGUUUAGCUUUGGUAGAAUGAGAGGCAUAGAAAUCCCUGUUCAUGAAACAAUCGAUGAGAUGGUCUGUAAGUUUAAUCAAGGAGUCGGAAUGAAUCCUUUACCGGGUAAAAUCUUAAAUGUAGAUACAGUAGAAAUGAGGCACACUGGUAGUGGAACGAGAGUGCUCUUUCCAGAAAUUCGUCAUCCAGAUAAAACCUGCUGGAGUGAAUCUGGAAAUUCUAUCCGAUUUGUUAUUCAUUGCUUAAAAGUAUUUUUUAUUGUUGGGCCUCCAUUACAAGAGGAGAUAGCUAUUACCGAUUUUACACCAAAAAUGAUCAGAUGUGUCGGAUUAACAAAUCCUACAUUUGAAAAAUAUCCAGAAAACUUGAAAAAAGCAUCAAAAUUCAUACAUGACAAUCAGAUGGCAGUCACAAACAUUCAAACAAUUCAAUCAAAAGUAGAUAUCAAUUUUGGAGAAUGUUCGAUUGAUUCGAAGAAAACUGAUUAUUAUCACAACCUUAUAGAUACAAUAUUUGCAAAAGUAAUAAGAGUGAUCAGUAUUACAAAUCAAAGUUCUCAAAAAAUUAAUCAUUUAUCGACGAAGUGUUUUGUUCCUCAAAGAAAUGGUAAAGAAGCUCAACCAAUGGGUCAAUGUAUAGAGAAUGUGAACAAAUGGCUACAAACUCAAAAUGUUUCUGUUAUUGGGAUUGAUACGUUAUCAACAGAAUUAAUUCCGGAAGCCAAAGUUGUUAAUACAGACAAAUCUAGCGUCAGGUGGAUUCCUGGAAGAGGCCACUAUAAAAUAUCUUUAUUUAGAUUAUACUUAAAUGGUUUUGUCUACGAUCCUGUGGAGGAAGUUAAUAAACAGGAAUCUCAAUGCUGCUCAGUAGCUUAA